AUGGAUUACGAAAGUGAGGCAUCGUAUCUAGACCGACUGCAGCGCGAGGCUCUUACGUGUUUAAAUGGAUUUCCUAACAAAGUUAAAGCCUUAAAUGAUAUCAUUGAUGCUUAUGUACCGGAAGUUGACGUUAAAAGAAAUCCGGAAAACAGAGAACCCCAAAUACGUGUGCCUUGCAUUCCGACUAAUAAAUACGUUCCGAAUGAAACCAGUUUGGAGAAUGACCAUGUGAAUUGUAAGAAAAAAAAAGAUAUACGUACAUUUUUAAUUAUCGCAAGUACGGAUAAUCUUGUUAACUAUUGCCGACCUAUUCAACGUCAUGGAUUAUCAAAGAGAAAUCAUCACCGUUCGCGAAGAUCAGAUCAAAUAAAUUUUCGACGUCGUCCAGGACCUCUGGCACAUAUCCUGGCUUUUCUAUCAAACAGUCUUGCGGCUUGUACAAAAAAUACAGUAAUCAGGCCGACUCAAUACAUUGCAAAUCAUGCUCUCACCAUGUUAAGGGAUUACUUAAUACAGCGCGGAGAUAUUAUGAGCGCUAAAUGUGGCGCUUCGAUAAUUUGGUCGCUACCGGAAAGUAGAGCGUCGAUGAAAUUAAUGCAGACUGAUCUCGGUUCGACGCUCGACAAUUGCAUGAGAAUAAUGAGACCAGCCGUGGCUCAGCUUAUCGCGGAUACAACAAAAUUGAAGCGCUGGCUACAAGCGCUUGCUUUGAAUUUCACGCCUCCGACGCCUACUUUGAUCCAUGCUAUACGAAAAACCGAAGCCAUUGACGGUUGGGCUUACGAGCUUUUCUUCCAUUUGAAGUAUCUUCAGGAAAAUCAGAUCCAUAAUGUCGAAAAGAAUGCUGUCCCGGGAUUGAAAAUUAGUGACAAGUUGAGAAACGUGAAUCUUUGGCAUCGGCUGGUGCGGUUACGAGAUAAUUAUGUCUACCUCUAUGAAAGUCUAUUCAGCAAUAGUCAAUUUCACAAGUUAUCCGGAGAUUCCAAAAAAAUAUUGGAGUGA